GGGGCAAUGGCAACCAUGCAGUCUCUUCGUGAAGAUGAUCUCUCCUGUCCCAUCUGUGGAAACAUUUUUCGCCAGCCCGUGGUUCUAUUCUGCAGACACAGAUUCUGUAAACCUUGCUUGGAAAAUAUCUGGAAGGGUGUCAGUCAGUCUUGUGAGUGUCCUUUGUGCUGCCAGCCAUCCUCGAUGGGAGAGCUCAUCAUCAAUACCAAGCUUGAGAAGACCUGUGAAGGUUUUCUGAAUGAGCGGAGAAAAAAUGAUCCUCUUGCAUGCAGUGAACAUGGCGAAACACUGACCCUUUUUUGUUUAGAAGACCUACAGCCCGCGUGCAUCGCAUGCAAAUCAUCUCCAACUCAUAAAGGUCACAGAUUGUACUCCUUGGAAGACGCUGCACAAGACUGUAAGGAAGAACUCAAGACUGCCUUACAGCCAUUGCAGGAGAAGCUGAAGGCAUUCAGAAAGGAAAAACUCACAUGUGAUGACACAGCAGAACAUAUUAAGAACCAGGCAGACAACACAGAAAGACAGAUAAGAGAGGAAUUUGAGGCACUUCAUCAAUUCCUGCGAGAAGAGGAAGCCACCAGACUCACUCUGCUGGAGAUGGAAAAGGAUCAUAAAAAUGAAAUAAUAAAGGAAAAGAUCACAAACCUAGAAAAUGAGAUAACAUCUUUAACUAACACAAUCAGAAUGGUUGAACAGGAGAUGAGAUCUCAGGACAUCCCAUUUCUCAAGAACUACAAAGACACUAUAAAGAGAACUUGGCGCAUACCAGCGGAGCCAGAGAUGGUUUCAGGGGCCCUGAUUGAUGUAGCCAAUCACCUGGGCUCUCUGAAGUUUCAUGUCUGGGAAAAAAUGAGGAACAUUAUUCAGUACACACCUGUUGUUAUAGACCCAAACACAGCAGCAAGCUGUUUCUUACUGUCAGAGGAUCUGACAGUUGUGCAGUGCUGUUCUCAGACCUUCAAGGUCCCAGACAACCCAGAGCGCUUUGACGUCAGUGCAGAAAUGCUGGGCUCUGAGGGCUUCACGUCUGGGAAGCACAGCUGGGAGGUGGAAGUCAAAGACAACACGUACUGGGUCAUUGGAGUAGCCAGCGAGUCCAUCAACAGAAAGGGCAAACAUGUGCUGACCCCGGCUGAGGGAUUCUGGACCAUUAGACUGCGAAACGGGGAGUACAAAGCCUGCUCCGCACCGUGGUCGUCACUUACGAUGAGUAAGGAACCGACGAUAGUAAGAAUAGUCCUGGACGUGGACAGGUCCAAGGUCACCUUCUAUGACCCCAGAGAGAGGACACCUCUCUACACUUUCACCGAUGUCAUUAGUCCGAAAUUAUACCCUUACUUCUGCAGCGCAUGUAAGGAGCACCCUCUCAAGAUACUUCCAAUGACACUGUCCGUCUCUGUGGAUCGCUAA